AUGACUGCCUCUUUGGACGAAUACCCACAGUUGGUCGUGGAACUGGCUCGCCGCAGUACUCCAGUAAAGAUAACAGAGGCAGCGAUCCUUGUUUGUCUCAUUAUUUUAGCCUUUGUAGGCAAUGUUUUGGUCUGUGUCACUGUCUUCAAAAGCGCUCGUCUCCGCACGAUUCCAUACAUGUUAAUCACAAAUUUAGCAGUGAGUGAUAUUCUGAUGGCCAUCGUUUGCAUGCCUAUUUCUUUACAUGUACUUAUUUCUGGCAAAUGGCCUUUUAGCUCGUCAGUGUGCGAUAUGCAUGGCUUCUUUAUUUUUACUUUUGGCAUUGUCUCGCAAGUCAAUAUGUCAGUCAUUGCAGUAAACCGUUACUUCGCAGUUUGCCGUCCAUUCGAUUGUAAGGUCGUUUUUACCAAGAGAAAUUCCCUGAUCAUAAUCGCGAUUCUUUGGAUCUUACCAAGCAUUGCCAGCGUCCCACCCCUGGUUGGCUGGGGAUAUUACGCCUUUAACCCGGGCAAAGCAUUCUGUAUCUACCCAUUCAACGUCAACAUAAUUUACACGAUGAUCAUCCAACUUCUCUUUAUCGCAUUUCCAAUAAAACUCAUUGUGUUCAGCUACGCGAAGUGCAUUCUUGCCAUCAGAUCCAGCAAUCGACAAAUCGAGGGAAUGGUCGCUGACCCAAAUUCGGUUGGUCAAGAGUCCAGAAAAGCGCGCGAAGUUCGCGCCACCUGGACAAUGCUGUUUUCCACUCUGGGUUUCAGUAUGUGUUGGUUACCAGUAUCCGUCAUUGAUUUCAUAGAAACGUCCAAAGGAGGCGGAAAUUUACCACGCCAAGUGUUCAUGCUGAAUGGCUUCCUCAUUUUCUUAUCAAGCACGAUCAAUCCUUUCAUCUAUUGGCUGUCUAACCGUGAUUUCCGCAAAGCAUUCCGCCAAGUGAUUCUUUGCGGAGCCAGAGGCAAUGAAAUAUUGCCCGUGCGAGAGAUGCCACAAAGCACUUUACAAAGCUCUACUGUUCAGUCACAGAGCUAA